UUGUUUGCUAACUUACCGCUUUGCAGUUCGACCACGAGAAACUACAGAUGUGAUGGGCACAUUUCUGAGUACACGAAGUGUACGCACCAAGACCUUAAUCCUCAACGGAAACCAUUUGUUGUUCCGAAGGAUGUGAAAAAGAAGAAUGAUCACUUGAAAUACCUUCGAAUGAAUUUUCUGAAGGAGCGCGUCUAUAACGAAGCGAUAGCAGAUGAGAAGGUUGUUGGCCAUUCCGACCAGUUCAAAUACCUUGGAUCACGCGGAAUGAAGACCAGCGAGGUGAAGGCAGAGGUUGAAGGAAAAAGUUUGGGAGUGGGUUCGGGAAUGUCACAGCAGUUGGUCAAAGCGGGUACUAUUGUGGAUCAAGAGUGUGAGUACUCGGACGUUUCUCAUGUACAUCGAGCAAGAAAUGGUAAUUUUUGCGGUCCCGGGGAGUUUUAUAUUCGGUGGUUCUGGGCAGUGCUGAUGCUGUGUCUAACAGGAACUCGUAUUAUAAACUUCAGCUUCUGA